AUGCAUUAUAUCACCAAAUCAAGACGACUAAACGGUGAAACUAGGGCACACAUCGUCAACAUCGUCCGUCUAAGCAGCGGCGUACAGUAUCGUCUGGACGUAGCGUUCGGUGGAGACGGGCCAACAAGUCCUCUGCUGCUGAUCUCGGGGCAGUAUGGAUAUACCAUUAUCGCAAUGCUGCGGAUAAGCUGUGGAAUUCCUACUAUUCGUUUGCGGAACUGGAGUUUUGUUCAGCAUGAUUUCGAAGUGAUGAAUCGCUUCACAAGUUGGGAGACCGUGGAAAAACACAAUUUCGUUGUUGUCAAGUUCAUUCGAAAUGGGGAGACGGCAGGAUUGCCUUUAUUGAAGAGUGAGAUGUUGGAGAACACGAAUGAUGUUUUUGUUGUUGGGAAGAUUAUGAUGGUUAACGGUGUCGUCAAGUUGAAUAUGGGUGGAAGGACAAGGGUCAUUGAUUCAUUUGAAACCUAG